AUGGUACUUGUGCAAAAACGUGUGCUUGCCCUUGUAGGAAGUGCGAAAAUAGACAUAGACGUGGAUUCUCGAUUGUUAGGACCCAUCUGUAUGAGCAUGGUGUCGACAAGACAUACACCACCUGGAGCUUACAUGGUGAGAGAAAGGAUGGUGCUUCAACAAGUCUUUCUUAGGGGAAGGCCUAUUCAUCAUGACCAUGAUGGAAUACAAAUUGGAGAAUCACCCUUAGAAGAUCCAGAUGUCGAGAAGCGUUAUAAUAGGUACAAAUUGUUAGCGGCAGAGAAGUUAUACCCUUCAUGUGAAGACAAUCUCACAAUCCUCUCUGCUAUGGUAGAACUGCAUAAUGUGAAGAAAACUUAUAAAAUUUCGGGUAACUGUGUCAAUAGUUUGCUGGAUUUGUUAAGAGAGUGGCUUACGAAACCUAACAAGUUUCCCAAAAACUAUGAUGCUAUGAGGUCAAUGCUUAAGGAUCUGGUGAUGAAAGUGAAGGCUAUUCAUGCUUGUGAGAAUCAUUGUAUUCUGUAUUACGAGGAAAAUGAGGAUUUAAUAGAGUGUCCGGUAUGCAAAACUCUGAGGUUUAAGUUGAAAGCUACCAAAGAUGGUCCUAUGGUGACAAAUGAACCUUGCAAAAUGCUGAGAUACUUUCCUGUAGACGAAAAACUAAAAAAAAUGUAUUCUCUACCUUGGAUAUCAUACUCAAUGCUGUGGCACGAUCGAGCGCAAGUUUCAUCUGAAUAUAUGCGUUAUCCAAUCGAUUCAUCUCAGUGGGCACAAAUGAAAAUGAAGUUUCCCUUGUUUGCUGCGGAAGGAAGAAAUGUUUGGCAUGGAAUAUCAACAGAUGGGUUUAAUCCUCAUGGUGUACAGACUUUGAGUUGGAGUUGUUGUCCCGUGAUCCUUGUGGUUUAUAAUCUUUCACCUUCUAUGUGUAUGAAGUCUGAAUUCCAAAUGAUGACUCUGUUGAUACCUGGGCGUAAGUCACCGGGUCAAGACAUUGAUGUUUUUUUGCGGCCGCUGGUCAACACGCUAAAAAAACUUUGGAAUCAAGGUGUACAAGCUUUUGAUUCUUUGAAAAGGGAGUAUUUUACUCUGAAAGCAACUCUGAUGUUUGGCAUUCAUGACUUUCCUGCUCAAGGUGUUUUAAGUGGAUGUACCACUCAUGGCUACUUCAAGGAACCCAUUAGGGAUAAGACUCUUUUGGGAUUAGAGACACAAGAGCAUAAAAGUGCACCGCUGAGACUAACAGGAGCGCAGUCGCUUGAGAAGUUUGCCGAUGUUCAAUACGAAUAUGGUAAGCUAGUGGUUCGCAAGACAGGUAAACGAAAGAGAUAUCAGUUUGAUGAAGAGGAAGGUGAUUCUGAGCUUGUCACAUGUGCUUUCUUCAAGAAGUGUAUUCUUUGGGAACUUGAGUCGUAUUUUGCCUUGACUAUACAUCAUCGUGUCGAUGUGAUGCACACGGAAAAGAACGUCAUGGAACACAUUAUCUACACUAUCUUUGAUAAGGAUAAUAAGGCUAUUGUUGCAUGGAAUAAUCGUGACAAAUUGAAGGAGAAUAAACUACACUGUGGAGAGUGGAAAGAGAAUAAAACAAAGAAAGGAGUAGAGAUGGUAGUUAGUAGAGAGUAUCUGAACCAGGCUAAGUGGAUGAUUGCAGAGGCCAUGUGUGUGCUAGAAAAGUAUUUCCCGGCUGGAUUUUUUGAUAUAAGCGUGCACAACAUGGUUCAUUUGGAUGAUGAGGCCUUAGUUUGUGGACUUGUUAGGUAUCGAUGGAUGUACCCAUUCGAAAGGGAAAUGAAGGAGUGCAAAAACAUCCCAAAUAACAACAGAUACAUUGAAGGGUCAAUUACGAAUUCGACUGAAAUGGAUAACUGUGUUAGAUUUUCCAUGGAGCACAUGAAAAAUGCCGAUCAAGGAGGUCACAAAGCAAACCCUGAGUCAUUCUUAAAGGAUGAACAUGAAUUCAACGAUGUGGGUUCUGUGCUUGAUGAAAAGCCAGUUCAGAUUCCAAUUGCAAGAUACUUUGGAUUUGACCAGAUUAAUGAUGUGCUUGAAUAA